AUGGCGAACAAGAAAGCGUCACUAGUUUUUGGACUAAUUGUUGAAGGUGUUGGUGCUGUGAAUCUGAAACAUAAAGCUCUCAAAACCAUUCAGAGUGACGAUAAAGAUAUUAUUGAUUGUAUUGAUAUAUACAAACAACCCAUCUUCGAUGAUCCCUCGUUCAAAACAUUGCAGAUGGAGCCAAGCUCAUACCCCAAUGGUCCAAACAUGACAAAUGCAAAUGAGAUUUUCCAAAAUUGGAAUAAAAAUGGAGAAUGUCCAGAUAAAACAGUACCUAUAAGAAGAUCAAAUUCAACCAUUCAUUGCAAAGAAAAAUAUGUUUCCCCUUUUAUGAACAUCACUCAAAGAUUAGAUGAAUAUAAGUCUGCUCAUGAGUAUGCCAUAGUUAGAACUCUAGAUGGAGCUUACCAUGGGGGGCAUGCAGAUCUUCUUACGUGGGGACCAAAAACGGAGGAAAAUGAAUUUAGUUUAUCGCAAAUUUGGAUUGCUUCGAAACCUGGUCAAGAUUUCAAUAGUAUCGAGGCUGGAUGGAUAGUUUACCCGAAGAGAUAUGGCGACCAUCAAACAAGAUUUUUCAUUUAUUGGACAGCAAAUAAUUAUCAAAGUAUAGGCUGCUAUGAUAUGGACUGCAUAGGAUUUGUGCAAACAAAUAAAAAAAUUGCUCUUGGUGCUGCCUUUCCAGUUUCCAUCUACAAUGGAGAACAACAUUCCAUCCUUAUAAAUAUUUUUAAGGACAAGGUAACAGGGAAUUGGUGGCUUCAACUACAAGGCAUCACCUUGGGAUACUGGCCUGGAACCCAAUUGAAAAACUUAGCUAAUGGUGCAAAUCAAAUCGCAUGGGGAGGAGAGGUCGUGAAUAAUAAAUCAGCAGGUCAUCACACGACUACUCAAAUGGGAAACGGACAUUUUGCUGAGGAAGGUGUUGGUAAAGCGGGCUAUUUCAAGAACCUUAAAGUAGUAGAUGGUUCAAACAAUGUUGUAGUUCCUGCUGGUUUAAGAAAAUCCAUGACGAAUUCGACUUGCUAUGAUGUGAAUCUUUUGACAGAUUCUUUCUUCUAUGGAGGGGUUGGAUUCUCACCAAAAUGUAUGUGA